AUGACCUUCAAGCAAGCAUCCAUGAUGGCCCCAGAGGCCACUGCCACCACGAGUCCCAUGGCCACGCUGGAGAACUCCACGGAGGCUGGGGGGCCAGGGGAGAGCAAGGAGGACAUGUUCACCAAGCUGAGGGACAAGUUCAUGAACGAGCUGAACAAGAUCCCCUUGCCACCCUGGGCCCUCAUCGCCAUCGCAGUGGUUGCUGGGCUCCUCAUCCUCACCUGCUGCUUCUGCAUCUGCAAGAAGUGCUGCUGCAAGAAGAAGAAGAACAAGAAGGAGAAGGGAAAAGGCAUGAAGAAUGCCAUGAACAUGAAGGACAUGAAGUCAGGCAACCAGGAUGAUGAUGAUGCAGAGACAGGUCUGACAGAGGGGGAAGGUGAAGAGGAGGAGAAGGAGCCUGAGAACCUGGGCAAGUUGCAGUUCUCCCUGGACUAUGAUUUCCAGGCCAACCAGCUGACAGUGGGGAUCCUCCAAGCUGCUGAGCUGCCAGCGUUGGACAUGGGUGGCACCUCAGACCCAUAUGUCAAGGUGUUCCUGCUCCCUGACAAGAAGAAAAAGUAUGAAACCAAAGUGCAGAAGAAGACUCUCAACCCUGCCUUCAACGAGACCUUCACCUUCAAGGUUCCCUACCAGGAGCUGGGUGGCAAGACUCUGGUGAUGGCCAUCUACGACUUCGAUCGCUUCUCCAAGCACGACAUCAUCGGCGAGGUGAAGGUGCCCAUGAACACUGUGGACCUGGGCCAGCCCAUCGAGGAGUGGAGGGACCUGCAGAGUGGGGAGAAGGAGGAGCCAGAGAAGCUGGGAGACAUCUGCAUCUCCCUGCGGUAUGUGCCCACGGCUGGGAAGCUCACUGUCUGCAUCCUGGAGGCCAAGAACCUGAAGAAGAUGGAUGUUGGGGGUCUCUCAGAUCCCUAUGUGAAGAUCCACCUGCUGCAGAAUGGCAAGAGGUUGAAGAAGAAGAAGACCACAGUGAAGAAGAAGACCCUAAACCCCUACUUCAAUGAGUCCUUCAGCUUUGAGAUCCCCUUUGAGCAGAUACAGAAAGUGCAAGUGGUCAUCACGGUGCUGGACUACGACAAACUGGGGAAGAACGAAGCCAUCGGCAAGAUCUUCACAGGCUUCAACUCGACGGGCACGGAGCUGCGGCACUGGUCAGACAUGCUGGCCAACCCCCGGCGGCCCAUCGCCCAGUGGCACUCGCUGAAACCGGAGGAGGAGGUGGACGCAGCCCUGGGCAAGGGCAAAUAG